AUGGUCAGCCCUCGGGGUACACCCAGGGUGAGGCCCACGGACAUGACAACCCCUGGACCCCUCCUGCCUCCCUAUGGUGUCGUAGUUGGAGUUUUGCUUCGCCUCGUUGUUUAUUUAGUCGCUGUGCUGUAUAGUUAUGCUGAGGAGCUGCUCUUGAAAAAGGAUGACAAUAAAAUAAAGAAACAAGAUGCCCCAGCACUUUGUGAUCUUCACUGUUGUAAGGAUGGGCCGAUAAGAAAUGGCCUUAUUGGGCAGAAGCCACCCUCUAUCAACCCUGAGAGACUGAAGGAUUUUGGUGAGGAGGAUUACCUGAAUGGGGAUGUGAAGACCUGGGAAAUGAAGAUCGUGAGCCGCAACGAGGAGCUACUUAGGGAUGGUCUUCCCCACAUCCCUCAGUCAAGCAGUAGGACCAGCCUGUCAAGCUGUAACAAGCUGAUUCGAUUUGAAGACAUUAGUGCAGCAGCUUUCAAAAUCCAGUGCAGUGUUCAGAAAACCCCUUGCAUGUAUUCUAGGCUAUCCAAGCAAUUUGGAAUGGACAUCUACCUAAAGAAGGAGUUCCUCCAGUACACUGGAUCUGUGAAGGAAAGAGGUGUAAUUUACCUUCUGACAUCACUGCCUCAGGAUCAACAAAGAAAGGGGGUGAUCGUGGCUUCGGACAGUAACUUUUCCAUGGCUGUUGCUUACCAUGCCUCAGAGCUCCGUAUUCCAGUGUUUGUCAUCAUGUCAACCAGCACAUCCCCAGCCAGAGUGAAAAUGUGCCGUGAGUACGGUGCCAUGGUUAUAUCCUAUGGCACUACAGCUAAGGAUUCCCAGACGCACGCAAGAAGGUUGGCACAGGAGAAUGGUUAUCUCUACCUCGAAGAGGAGGAUAGUGCUGUGUACCUGUCAGGCCUGGGAACUGUGGGACUGGAGGUGUACGAGCAGGUGCCAAAGCUGGACGCGGUGAUUUUCCCUGCAGGAGGCCACUGUGGCUUGCUGGCAGGGUCGGCUGCUGCACUCAAACACCUCAACCCACAUAUUUCUGUCAUUGGGGUUGAAUCUGAAAGCUUCCCUGUAUUGCAACAGUCCCUAAAAUUUGGCCAUCCAAUUGAAGACCAGGCUUGCAGCAAUCAUCACUUUUAUGGAGAUGUGAGUGGACUUUGCUUUGGCAGCAAUUCUUUGCAGCUGACUGGGAAACUUGUGGAUAAAGUUGUUGCUGUGAGGGAGGAGGACAUCCUCAUUUCUAUGCUGAGACUGCUGGAGUAUGAGCGAGCCACAGUUGAUGCAGAAGGGGCCAUUGGCCUUGCAGCACUGGUUGCAGGGAAGCUGCCAGAGUUGAAGGGUAAAAGAGUGGCAGUUGUCAUAUGCAGUGGAAACUUGGAAUUACAUUUGCUGCAGCAGUGCAUAGCUCGUGCCCUGACCCUUGAUAAUAGAGUGUGCAGAUUUUCCCUUGUGCUUUCUGACUGCCCAGGAGACAUUUCAAAGCUACUAGAGGUUUUGGCUCGGGAAGAAGCAAGAGUUUUGGAUAUCAAACAAGAACACGCAUUUGUGACAUCUGAGCUCUUCACUGUUGAGGUCACCUGCACUGUGGAGACCAGAGACAAGAUCCACACAGCCCAGCUGAGGAACGCACUCUUGGAACGCUACCCCACAGCUGUCUGGAACGAGCGGUGAUGGGCACAGCACAAGGGAAAGGGAUGAGAUCCUAGAACAAGUAUUUUAUAGAGCCCUAAUCUUGAGGCAUUCAGAAGAGACACUAGCUUUCCAAGCUGAACAGUUAGCAAAUAGUUUCAGGAUAUUUAUUUUCUGCACAAAACAUAGUGAAUGUCCUUGGGGAAAAAGUCAACCUCCAACCUAGCUUAGCUAAGGGAAACUUCUAGUCUCUGCUGGUGUCGGAAUUCAGUAAUUCAUUAUCAGCUGGCUGGCUGAAUUUUAGCUAGUAUGUAGGAUCCUAUGACAUUCAAUACAUAAACUGGGAGAAGGCAUUUUUCUUUACAUCUUAUAUAGACCUCUCAAAGGUCUUUCAAUUUUCAUGUCUCUAGUUAAAGUAAUGCAGCUCCUUCUUCUGGACUUUGCCAUGCUGAUAGUACAGUAAUUUUCCAUUUCCAAGCCAGAAGUAGUUCUCCAUUUGCUGAAUGUGCUUUAGGCAAUAUACUCAAGUGUGGAGUAUGGGUUUGAACACACUCCUGAUUCUUGUUCUGAUCUUUGCUAUCAUGCAAGGAAAAAUGAUGCUAACCAAAUACAAUUUAAACAAAACAAACAACCUUGGAAGACAAAAGCCAAUGUUGUAUUUUUUUCCCAAGGGAAAAUGAUCCUAUUUAUAAAGUUCCAAAAGAUGUUUCAGCAAUUAAAAAAAACCCCAACAUUACAAAUAUAAUUAGACCUCAUAUGCAGAACACAAAUAUAAUUCUUCCCUCUGCUUUUGGUUACUCAGUAUAAGAAGUAGCAUAUAAAAUGUCUUGUGUUUCUUUACACAAAGGGGUCUCUCCCCCCAUGUGAAUUUUGUAAUUAGCAUUCCACUAAUCAUCUUACUCUGCCUAAAACAAACUCUAUCCAUUUCACCUGACAGAUUAAGUACAGUUAAAAGUGAAAUAUAUUUAUAGGCCACAUGUUAAUAGCCCAAGGCAGUGCCAGGUGAAGAGGAAGCCUAAGUCUCAGGCACAUGGCUAAUGCAAUUAACAAAGAACACAUUGACCUAAAUACACAUCACUACAGACAAAUAAUAUGGUAACAAAGUGGGAUGGCAAGAAAUGUAAGAGAAAUUCAGGCCCACUUCUGAGUGUGUGUACAACAGUGACCUUUCCACUUGGGCAAAAUUGAAUUUAAGGCCAGGUGCAACAGAGCUGACAUAGUCUACUCCUGUUGGUUAAAUGUAACCAUGAUUGACCCAAAUUUGAGGUGUAGGUAUUUUAAUAAGAGGUCUUAAUCCUGUCUCUAGCAUAUCAAGUUGAUAAUUAAGUUUAUAAAGUAUAUAUGAUGUAUUUAGCAGUGCCCUAGCAGAGCCCAGAUGAAAAUCCAGCAAGAGGAGAUGCCUUUGGGUGGACAAAAGUUUUCUCUGCCCUCUUUUAACUCUAGUGCAUCUGUAGGCUGGGAAGGACAUCAUUUGAACAGUUCGAGCAGCCUAAACAGAGGGUACCUAUGGACUAAAAAGAACAAACUGAAUAUCCAAUCUUGUGCAGAUGUCAUCUGUAUUGUAUCUACUACCUAUGGACGUCUAGCUGUAUCUAUAACUUAACUUGUGCCUGCAAGAUGGGACUAAGAGGGCAGCAUUCUGACUAUCUGUACAGUAUUUCUUUUUUUCCUGGGAAAUGGUCUGUUCAUUCCUUCUUGUAGUGGCUCAUGAAUGAGUAGGAAUAGAGAAGAGACUGUCACAAGUUGUGGACAAAUAAUAGAAGUUCACUGAUUUGGUCUACUUUUGAAAGGACCCUGUUGUUUUGUAUAUGGAACUAAGAUUGUUCAUGACAGAACGGCUAGUUUCUUUCCCUUCUUGCCAUCCAGAAUGGGGGGUAUAGGACUUGGGCUCCAGAACAUGUUCUGUAAAUCACAGCCUGUCAGACGCUACUCCUUUCUUCGUGGUCAGAAGAGUUUAAGAUAUCUGUAUAGAAAUAUGUGAUGUCAGAACACAUAUUGCCUGUGUGCUCCUUCAAUUGAAACUUGCAAUGAAACCCAUCAUCAAAGAGCAGAUUUGGGGGUGUAAAAGCCAUUAUAUGUAAGGGUGUAAUUAUCCUCUUAUCUCUUUUGGCAAAACUCUCAGGAAGUUUUGAGGAUAUCUCAGGUAUCUACAUAAGAAGAGAAUGGGACUUUUAAACUAAUGUUCUCAGUAGUGAUCAACAGCUUCUGCUGUCUGAGUCCUUGGUUUACCACCCUGCAUUAUCCUGGACUUUAUGUUUUUUAGAAGCUCAGAGCAUUAACGGCUUCUUUUCUAAUCAGUGGGAACUACAUUUAGCAAGUCCUUACCAGACUGGGGCAGGAGAGGCAGCAGGCAGAGCAACCAAAGAGCAAUGCAUUCAAAAUCAUUUGAGGAUUUUGAAGAUGUGUUUUGGGGGAAAAAAGAAAAGAAAAAGGAAAAGGGAAAAAAAAAAGGAAAGUGAUGUCUAGAAGAUACUUAAAAUGUCAGUCAUGAUAUAUGUGGUUUGGUUUUAUUUUUAUUGCAUUAAGUAUAUACAUAAAGUGUAAAUCACUCUUCAGUGGUAAACACUGCGUGUGUAAAUAUAGUGAUACCAGAGUUGAUUUCCAUUCUGUAUUGAUUUUAUGCAAGUCUAUUGGCCUAAAAUCUAAGAUAAAAUACUUCCAAGGGGGAAAAAAAAAAUGAAAAUGAAACCUUUAAAUGAAUGUAUGCAAUUGCAAAGAAUACUGAAAUACCUGUGCUGCUGACCUUUUUGUAUUCUGAACUGUAAUGGGGCUACAGCAUUUCAGAGAUCUAAUAAUGUUUUAAAAUGUUUUAGUGAAAGAAGUACUUUUAUAAAGAGUAUUCUUAUGUACCUUGAAUAAAAAUAACAAUUACAUAAGAAUUUAACAAAUUUUUAA